AUGCGCCCUCGCUCGUCGCUCGAGCGGCGCGAGCGGCUGUUCCCCAAAUGGCCUCGCACCGCCUGCCUACUCCCGCUCGCAGGCGCGGCUCUCCUCUCUCCGACUCGCUCUCUCUUCCCAUUCAGCAUGCACAUGCUGAACUCGAUCAACAUGCUCGACAAGCUCAAACUCGAGCUCGUGCCGGCCGCUGGUGACAAGCUCGUGCUCAAGCUCUCUCCUCCGCCGCCGCCGCUUGCUGACAAGCAGGCGUCGCUGGCGGGCAACACGACCGUUAACGCUGCCGGAGGCGAGGCCGCCGGCAUCCCGUCCGAGGGCAAGCCCGCUUCGCUCGAGGACGUCAUCGGCAACGGCAAUGACGUCCCGUCCGAGUCGGCGCCGACGGCUCCUGUCGGCAUCACAUCGCUGUCGCCUUCGCUCCUCGGAGCCGAGGCGUGCGGCAUCAAGUCCGCCGCCGCCGAGGAGUCCGCCGCCAAGUCCGCCGCCGCCGAGGUGUCCGCCGCCGCGGAGGCAGUCGCCGAGGAGGCGCCCGUCGCCGAGGAGGUCGUCGCCGAGGAGGUUGCCAAGGACGUCGAGAAGCCGGCCAAGACCGUUUCCAACACGCCCGACCCAACGAACGACCCGGCGCUCAAGCCGGUCAUCAAGAUCGACACGGCUCUCAAGCAGGCGGCGGUUUGCGGCGAGACGCUGCCGUCGGUCAAGGAGCCUCCGGAGGAGGAGCCCGCCCCGGCGGGCAUCGACGAGUGGGCUCUCAAGCCGGCGGUGGCCGGCGGCGAGACGCUGCCGUCGAUCAAGGAGUUUCCGGAGCCCGCCCCAGCGGGCGACGACGGCUGGAACGUCUCGGCCAAGGAGUUUCCAAAGGAGAAGCCCGCCCCGGCGGCGAGCGCCGCAUUCUGUGCCGGGCCCGACUGGAUCGCCUCGAACUCGCGCAAGAAGACGGAGCGCAAGGGCGAGGUCACGCCCACGAAAGUCUCCAACAAGUACGGUCUGCUCGACGACGUCGAGACGAACGUCAUGGCGGAGAUCGACGAGGACGAGGACGAGAAGAAGGCAAAGGAGAAGGGCGCGGAGUCGGGCAAGGAGUCCACGGGCGCGCGGGUCGAUAAGACCACGACGGUCGAGAAGACCACGACCGGCUCCGUCUCCGGCUUCGGCUGGUUCUCCUGGCCCAAGUUCUGCUGGCGCGACAUGCUCUGCACCGUCUUCGUCUGCCUGAUCGCGGUGGGCGCGAGCGGAGGGGCUUUUGCCUACUUCUCGCACGGCUCUGACAGCCUUCUCCCUUCGAUCGCUGUGCCCGAUGCGACGGCGCUCCCGACCGAGCGAGUCCGCGCCGAGACAGCCAGCGCAGUGCUGCGGCCCCAGUACCAGCCGUCGCCAGUGGAGCGCGAGUGGGCGAGGCUGGUGGCGGAGGUCGAUCCGAGGGAGUGCCAGCACGCCUGGUCGAACGGCUCGCGGCUCAUGGCACGGCUCGAGCGCGACGUGGCGUCCAGCGCCGUGUUUGAGCAGAGUUCUUCCUUCACCGUGGGCCCCGAAUCCCAAGCCCUCGUCUGGCCUAUCGAACCUCUGGUGUCCUUCUUGCGUUGGCCCGCAGCGCUGUCGCCAGGCCAUACCACGCGCGCGGCCAUCAUGAACAAGAGCUACUACCAGCUCGCGCCGGUCCGGGCAGGGUCGCGCCGCUUCUUGUUCUUCGACAUAGGGGCAUCGCUGUACUCCAGCGCUCGGGCGGGCGGUGAUGGCGGCUCGUCACUGCGCUGGUUCAGGAACCGCUACCAGAACCUGACAGGCUCCCCACAACCUUUCGACCACAUCUACGCCUGGGAAGGCCAGGAGUACAACGCCACCGUCCUGUGGGACUCGUUCCCCGCUCAAGUGGUCCCGUUUGUCUCGUACUACAACGUUCGAGCCGACGCGCGGCCCAACGCCAAGCACAACCCGCUCCGAGUGCUGACGCAGGUGGCGCGCCUGGACGACCACGUGGUCAUGAAGCUGGACGUCGACCACCAGGCGACGCAGGUUGCGCUCAUCCAGCAGGUCCUUGGCAACCGCAGGAUCUCGGCUCUGAUCGACGAGCUCUUCUGGGAGCACGAGGUGGCCGGAUCCGCGAUGGGCUGCCCACGGCUCUGGAAGGGGCGAUCGGGUCAUGGAUGGUCGACAAUGAGGUUUGACACCUCACAGGGCCGUGGCGGGACGCUCGCCGAGUCUUAUGAGCUCUUUGGGCGGCUGCGCUCACUUGGCAUCGCCGCACACUCUUGGGUCUGA